AUGGAGACUCUCUUCAGUGUGAACGAGGGACACCCGACCUUCUUGUUUACCUCUGAGAGUGUGAACGAGGGACACCCGACCUUCUUGUUUACUUCUGAGAGUGUGAACGAGGGACACCCGGACAAGCUCUGCGACCAGAUAUCUGAUGCAGUUGUUGAUGCCUGCCUCGAGCAAGAUCCCGAAAGCAAAGUUUCAUGUGAGACAUGUACCAUGACCAACAUGGUGAUGGUCUUUGGUGAGAUCACAAGCAGGGCCAACGUAGACUAUGAGAAGAUCGUGCGUGACACUUGUCGUAAGAUUGGAUUCAUUUCUGAUGAUGUUGGUCUUGAUGCUGACAAAUGCAAGGUUAUUGUCAACAUUGAGCAGCAUAGUCCGGAUAUUGCUCAAGGCCGGCCAGAGGAGAUUGGUGCUGAUGAGCAGGUAUCCGUGUUUGGCUAUGCCACGGACGAGACCAUCCCUGAGUGCAUGCCUCUCAGCCAUGUGCUUGCCACACAAUUAGGCGCUCGUCUUUCUGAGGUCCGUAAGGAUGGGACAUGCCCAUGGUUGAGACCUGAUGGAAAGACCCAAGUCACAGUUGAGUACCGCAAUGUGAAUGGUGCUGUGGAUCCGAUCAGAGUCCACACUGUUGUCAUCUCGACUCAGCAUGAUGAGACUGUUACUAAUGAUGAGAUUGCAAGGGAACUCAGGAAGCACGUCAUCAACUACGCAAUCCCUGACGUGGAUGAGAAGACAAUCAUCCACCUGAACCCCUUUGUUAUUGGUGGAUCCCAUGGUCUCACUGGUCGCAGGAUCACCACUGACACGUAUGGUGGCUGGGGUGCCCACGGCGGUGCUGCUUUCUCUGGGAAGGAUCCAACCAAGCUAGAAAGAAGCGGUGCUUACCUUGCCAGGAAGGCUGCCAAGAAUAUUGUCGCGGAUGGGCUUGCACAGAGGUGCAUGGUGCAAGUGUCGUACGCGUAUGGUGUGCCUGAGCCGCUAUCCAUCUUUGUCGACUCGUUUGGCACUGGGAAGAUCCCAGACAAGCAGAUGUCAAAGAUCGUGAGGGAGAAUUAUGACUUCAGGCCCGGGAUGAUCCCCAUCAACUUGGACUUAAAGAGGGGAAACAACGGGAGGUUCUUGAGGACAGCAGCAUACGGUCACUUUGGAAGACAGGAGCCCGGCUUCACUUGGGAAGUCGUCAUGCCCCUCAACUUUAGGCGUUGAAUGGGUUUUCACCUCAAAUUGUUGUUUUCUUGUUUCAUGCAGCAGUGUGUAAGAUACAUGUGUGAGUAAUGUUGUUAUCAACAGGUGUAUUUUGCACGAAAUAAUGUUGUUAUGGACUCAGCUAUUGGAAUUUCUCACAUCAAUGGAUGAAUUGAUA